AUGGGAAUACCGUCGUCAAAAUUAUCUGUUGAACUUGAUCGAGAUCCAGCAAUCUAUUAUGGCAGUGAAUUAGUUACUGGUAUCGUUCGAUUAAUGACAAACGAUAUUCAUUUUUCGCAAAAACAACUUUCAGUUAAUCUGCUUGGUCGAGCUAUGCAUGAGAUUACUUAUUACAGAGAUUCAGAAAAACAUCACAAAGUUGUAACAUUUACAUUUUUAAGUAAAACAGUAAUUCUGACUCAAUCGUGUUCAGAUGAACAAAAAUAUUUUUCAUCUCAUGGUCAACAUUCAUGGUUAUUUGAAAUCGAAUUACCGACACAUAUACCUCCGACAUUUUCAAUACCACAUAUUUUUCACACGGAUCAUCCUGCUGUAGAAUAUUCAAUUAUAGCUUCUCUUCAACAAUCUGUAUUAGCAAUUACUGAUACUAAAGUGAUUUUCUUUCGUCCACCCAUAUUAUUAACACCACAAACUGCUGUUGUUUUAUCUUCGGUGAAUCGAAAAGAUGUUUUUAUGAAUGUAAACUUAUUCGAAGGUUUGUUUUGUGUAGCUGGUAGUGUAAUUCAAGGUACAAUUCAAAUCGAGAAUCCUCAACAUAAACAUAUAAAACGAGUUGAAUGUAGUAUUAUACAAACUUUACAAGUGAAAGAUGAUUCUGUAGUCAAUAAAAUUAUUGAUGUUAUAUUACCAAUAACUACAGAUGGUAUUGAUAAUCAUUAUGAAGGUACAUUUGAAAUACCAAUAUCUGAAUACAUACCACCAACGUUUCAACGCCUUAGUGCUAGUGGAGAAUCAGGUCCUCCUGUGAAUGUUUCCUACACAAUUAAGUUUGAAGUAUGUAUGUCUGGUUUUUUCGUAGAUUUCUCUAUAACGAAACCUUUAACUGUUACAAUUGAUCCAUGGAUACAUGAAAAUGAUGGUACAAUCAAAUUAAUCGAUAGAACACAAUUAGUUUAA